CGGAAACAUGUACGCUUACCAAAUUUGGCAAACCUUGAGAAAAUUGACUCCCAAUAGUUUGGCCAUUUGGGAAUAUUAUGGCCAAAUUUGGUUUGACAAAAGAAAAAAUUCGUUAUCAUACUUCGUAUAGUUACUAAUUAAUUAGUCUGAAGUAAUGAAAUGAGUCGUUUGAAUUGAAAACUAGAAAAACAAAACGAGUCAAAAAUUGGAAGGCAAAAAGCGAGGUACGAGGAGAGAUGGCGACAGUUAUGCUCUCACAAAACUUGCUUAAUUAUCUCCUUCCACCUUCCCCACUCUCUCUAUUCUCUCGCCGGCGAUUUAUACUAGACACUAAACACACUACACACUCUUGACUCAAAAUUCAAUUAAAGCAAACCCUAAUUUCGCCGGAAAUCUCUCAGAACCGUUGAGAGAAUCUUCCCUACACUAUACAAAUCUCCUUCGCUCACAUUUCUUCCUAAGGCGAUGUGGAUUCCUCAAUGUCGGAGAUGAUCGCUGCGAUUUCACCUUCUUUCAACGCCAGAGCGAAGCAGAACAAACCUACGAAGCCACCGUCGGAAUCACCGUUCGCCGUUUCUCACCGCCGGCCAAAACCACGAGAUGUAGCAUCACGAUACCUCGAUUCCACCAUCUCUUUCUCGUCUUCUUCUUUGUUCCAGUCUUCACCGUCAUCGACGGCGAAGAGAUGUCAAUCGCCGAGUGUUACCAGGACGAAUCGACCGGCGACUCCAUCGGCGGUUAAAAAUCGGCCGCAAUCGACUGGGAGGAGGCAGUCGGCGGCGUCACCAACACGUCGUGACUCGUUAGAUCGACGAGGUAGUGGAGGAGAGGUUUCUACGGCGGAGAGAAUGCUGUUGGCUUCUGGGAGAGGCUUGUUCGCGUCGUUUCAGGGGAACGAGAACAGAUCGAAGCUAAAUUCAUCUCCGAUUACUCCACGGAGAGGAACACUAGAGAAGAAGAAGACGGCAACAACUAAGAAUGCUGUGGCGGCUCAGCAAGAGAAAGCGAAGCUCUCUGAGCAAUGGCCUAGGUCUCUGCAGCCUAAUUGUCUCAGUAGAAGCCUAGGCUUCACCGAUUUAAGGAAGAAAGUGAGCGGAUCUUGCAAUGGUGUAGCUAGAACUCUGCAGAAUUCGGAUAAGGUUGAUUGUAAGAUCUCUAAUGGAGUGAGGAAGAUCUCUGUAAACAGUCCUGCAUCGUCUCCCAAAGGAAUUGGCACCACGAGAAGCCAGUUGUUUCCAAGGCGUGAGCAGAUUCGACCUGCUUCACCUAACAAGUUUGGUAUGGCUCCAGCUUCUUAUUCGAGUCCGAGAGGAAGCAGUAUUGCUAGAGGAAUAAGCCCUUCGAGAGGCGUGAUUCAUCAUCCAAGAGGGAUUAGUCCACUUAGAGUGAGAAGCUCGUCGAGUAGUAAUACCAAUAGCACACCUUUGAUUCUGGAUUUUGCUUUGGUUGCUAAAAAAGAGAAGAUCAGAGACAGAGAGAAUGGUGUUGCAGACGAUGCUCACUUGUUAAGGAUGUUUCACAAUAAGUUGCUGCAGUGGAGAUUCGCUAAUGCAAGAGCAAAUGCUGUUAUCUCUACACAAAAGAUGAGAGCUGAGAGAAGACUGUACAAUGCAUUCAUAAGUAUCUCUAAGCUCUAUGAUUCUGUGAGAGAGAAAAGAAUUGAAAUGCAGUACCUUAAGCAGAAUCUGAAACUGAUUUCUAUUCUCAAUAAGCAAAUGGUAUAUCUACAAGAAUGGUUCGUCAUGGACCGUGAUUAUACGAGUUCUUUAGUAGGAGCUGCUGAAGCGUUGAAAGGAAGCACGUUUUGUCUACCUGUUGAUAACGCCGCGAUGGUGAAUGUACAAAGUGUUAAAGAUGCUAUUUGUUCAGCAGUUGAUGUUAUGCAGGCUAUGGCAUCUUCCAUAUGCUUGUUGCUUCCAAAGGUUGUGAAAGUAAGUUGCUUGGCAGCAGAACUUAACCGUGUAAAUGUCAAGGAGCAAGGGAUGCUUGAUGUGUGUAAGAAGCUCCUAAACACAAUCUCAGCUUUACAGGUAGUAGAAUGCAGUUUGAGGACACAGGCUAUACAAUUACAAUGUUAAGCUGUCAAAAGUUGUUAUUUUACCAAAACCAAAGUGUAAGUAAGAAAGCUACACGUUAAGGUCAAUUUUGGACGUAUGAGAUCAAUCUAAUUCAAAAUAUAGAAAGGCCAAUUUCCAUUUAACCAGAAGAAACCGGUUGUAAUUAUUUUUGUUCUAUAGAUUUUUUUUUAAUAUGUUUAACUUCAGAAAGAGAGUAACUAAAUCAGAUCAAAGCCAUUGUCCAAAUAUUUUUACACGUUUCCAAGAUUAUACUCGAAAGAUUUGUAUUGGUAAAAGAAUCAACAAA